AUGAAUACAACCCUAGUUCUUUUAUUUGCCGUGAUUUCCGUUUUUGGGCUCACCCAAGGAGAUGAGGACUCCAUUCUUGGAGGGCUAAGUGAAACAAAAUUCGCCACCGAUGAAGUACAAGAUCUCAUAGAUUUGUUACGGGAUGACAUUAUAAGCCAGCUUCCUAUUGGAUACGAUCGCGAGGAGCCUCUUCCUGAGUUUACUGCUCGUUUAUACAGGGAACAGAUCGUAGCUGGAACAAACUUCUUUGUCAAAGUUGAGACCGGCCCACUACGAUUUAUUCACGUCCGGAUUUAUGUUGAUCUCUCUGGGGACGCCUCAGUUGACGGAUUACAGGUCGGAAAAACCAUGGGAGACCCCUUGGAGUAUUUUUAGAAUGGACUGCAUGUACAUAGUUUUCAAAAUGCAAUGUUUCCAUGAUUUUUUAUAGAAUUCCAAUUAAUAAA